CCCGCCGCCCCGCCGGCCCCGGGAGCCGCCGCCGCUGGGGGCACACAAGGGCCGCGGCGGCGGAGUGGCGGCGGCGGCGGAGCAGCAGCAGCGCUGGGCCGGGCUAGUGCCGCUGGCCGGUGGCAAGCAGGCCGGCGCGGGGGAUGCGGGCGCCCGGCCGCGCUACCAGGCGGUGCUGCCCGGGCGCGGCGCCGGGGAGGGCGCGGCGGGGCCGGGAGCGGGGCCGGGGCCCGGGCCUGGAGCGGGGCCCACUGAACCGGGUCCUCCUCCACCUACUCUUCCUCCGCCACCUCCGCCGCCCUCCGCCGAGGGCAAGUGGAAGAGCGGCCCGCGGCGCGGCGGGAUGGGGGCCGGCGGGGGCUCGCCGGGGCAGGCGGCCUGCCUGCGGCAGAUCCUGCUGCUCCAGCUGGACCUCAUCGAGCAGCAGCAGCAGCAGCUGCAGGCCAAGGAACGGCAGAUCGAGGAGCUCAAGGCUGAGCGGGACACGCUCCUUGCGCGCAUCGAGCGCAUGGAAAGGCGAGUGCAGCUGGUAAAGAAGGACAGCGAGCGGGAGAAGCACCGCAUCUUCCAGGGCUUCGAGGUGGAUGAGAAGCCAGAGGCAGAGGCCUGCGAGAAGCUGCCGCUGGAGUGUCCCCAGGACCUGCUGGAGCCUCCCCCAGUCCUGCAGCCCAAGCACUUCCCCUACGGCCGGAACGGGAAGGGGCACAAAAGGAAGCCGACAUUUGGGAGCGCGGAGAGGAAGACCCCUGUUAAAAAACUGGUGUCCGAGUUCUCUAAAGUGAAGAGUAAAACUCCGAAGCACUCCCCGGGGAAGGAGGAGUCAGGUGGCUCCUUAUCCGAAACUGUUUGUAAACGAGAACUGCGGAGCCAAGAGACUCCAGAAAAACCCAGGUCGCUCCUGGAGACCCCUCUGCGAGCCUCAGCCCCGCCAAAGGGCCCUGGUGCCCAGCCCAAGGAGAAGGGCUUCUUCAGCAGCGAGACAGACGACUUUCCCUAUCUCACAACCACGGAAAUGUACUUGUGCCGCUGGCACCAGCCGCCCCCGUCGCCGCUGCCGUUGCGGGAGCCCUCCCCAAAGAAGGAGGAGACUGUAGCAAUUCCGUCUUGGAGGGACCAUGUUGUGGAGCCCCUGAGAGACCCCAACCCCUCAGACCUCCUGGAGAACCUGGACGACAGCGUCUUUUCCAAACGGCAUGCGAAGCUGGAGCUGGAUGAGAAACGAAGGAAAAGGUGGGACAUUCAGAGGAUCAGGGAACAGAGAAUUCUACAGCGGCUGCAGCUCCGAAUGUACAAAAGGAAAGGGAUUCAGGAGUCGGAGCCUGAAGUUACCUCAUUUUUCCCUGAGCCAGAUGACGUGGAAAGCUUGCUCAUCACCCCCUACUUGCCUGUUGUCGCCUUUGGCCGGCCGUUACCAAAACUGACCCCACAGAAUUUCGAGCUGCCCUGGCUGGACGAGCGCAGCCGCUGCCGGCUGGAGAUGCAGAAGAAGCAGACGCCACACCGGACCUGCCGGAAAUAGCGGAGCCGCCGGGUCACGCCAACGGCCGCUGCCUUCUCCUGACACCUUCUUUGACGGAUGUUUUCGUUCCUCAGUGCCCCUUGUUUCAUUCUCUUGGGUUUUGAAACACGUUCCUCGGACCUGUCCCCUCCAUUCUGGCAGCCACACGCCUGGUAGCACGGGGCAGCAGCUGUCUGAAGCUUCUCAUCGGCUGCUCCGGUCCUGGAGGCAGCGGGCAGAUUCCAGCCCCUCUUACCCAUCCUUGCUGCUGCAGCUCCAUGUGCUGUCCCCGUUCUCCUGCAGCCAAUGUUUGCUUUACGUUGGACAUUCAACUUCGUGCUGUGGGCGGGAGUGUGGGGAGCAGCGGUGCCAGGCCGUGGUGUCGCCUCACCGGGCCGUGUCCCACCGGGGCUCUGCUGCCUCUGCCCCCUCGUUACGUUUAGUUAGAAAACAGGAUAAGCAUCAAUUCACGUCCAGUUUAUGUUUGUGAGAGGCGGCAGCUGGUGCUGCCAGCGGGUCCCGGUGCCAGGGUGCGGAGUUGGGGUCGCCAGGAGAAGCCGCUUUGGUUUCCCCCCUCCCUUUUGAAUGGCUGUAAGAGUUCUAAACAAAACAAAGCUUUUUUUUUGUGUGUGUGUGUGUGUGAGUGUGUGAAAUAGAAAAUCCUGUACGCACAA